AUGUUUGGCCUUAGCAGUAGCUGGUACGAUUGGAAGGAUCUUGGGUUGGAACACUACUACGGUGCAUCUGCACUGCUGUCCGAACUGCUCAUAGAGAACCCCAAGGUUCCACUGAAGACGACCCAAUUCUUCGCCGAAUUCCUGGUGUACUGGUGGAUGAUGCUAUCCUUUGCUUGCGACCCGGAGUUGCGCCAAAUUCAAGACCCACCACCAAUUCCUCAGCACAUGCCAGAACCACGAAUGCCUCAUCCCUUGACGGGAAUCUCUCCAGAAUCUCAACUCCUUCUGGGGAAGGUUGGCCGCCUUGUCCUCUCGCAGCGUAGGACCGCCCUUCGACAAGCGACGACUACUGCAGGAGCGCUCAAUUGCGGACUCGCUGGUAAUGAGGAGCCUCGCAACCUUGAACAUCAAUUGGUCUCUUUGAAACUUCCCACAGCCGACAUGGUUUUGGAUCCGCAAGAUCCUCAUACUUCUGUCAAUGACCUGGUCAACAUCGCCCAAGCAUAUCAACUGUGCGGGCUUUUACUGCUUUAUUGUGCUUAUCCCAAUUUGCUAGACUGCAAGCUGCCCCCUGAAACCUCGCAUGCCGCGAGAACCUGGGUCUCGGAGACCCCGAGAUCGAUCGCGGAAUAUCUCAUAUCAUUGGCAUUUCAUGUCCUCCGGGUGCUGGAGCAGAACUCGAAAAACUCAGGCACUCGGACCAUCGAAGCGAUAUUGCUCUUGAUUGUGUCCGGCGUGCUUUCGCAGAGGGCGGUUUGUCCUUCUGGAUCUGAGGGCGAGAUACAGUGCGACAUAUGUUACCAGCUGCCUGGAAUCUCGCGGUCUCACGAGCACUCUAGUCUUCACGGCCAAAUGACGGCGACGGAAGCUAGGGCAUUGGUCGUCACGCGGUUUCAACGAAUCCAAGACAUCCUACCAUUCAAUACAAUCUGGCGCAUGAAGUUGUUAGUGUUAGAGAUCUGGAGGCUGAUGGACCAGGGAUCAGAUGUCUUUUGGGUAGAUUUAUUGGUCCAAAACAACUGGCAAUUUGUGAUGAUUUGA